CAGUAUUCCAAACAUAGUGCUUGACACAAUGUCAGCUUGACAUUUCGAUUUUUCUCUUUCUACUUUUUAAUUAUAACCUUAUUUAUUGGCGGAUCAAGGCUACGAUGUUUGGUUGGGAAAUUUUCGUGGUAAUAUCUAUUCAAGGGCACAUAUUUCUUUAUCUCCGUCGGAUUUGACAUUUUGGGAUUUUAGUUUUCACGAAAUGGGCAUCUAUGAUUUACCUGCAAUGAUUAAAUUUAUCACAAAUAUGAAAUCACAACCAUUGCAUACAUAUAUUGGUCAUUCGAUGGGCACAACAACUUUUUAUGUAAUGGCAUCGGAGCGUCCGGAAAUCGCUCGAAUGGUGAAAAUAAUGAUCAGCUUUGGGCCAGCGGCAUUUACAAAACAUUCUAAAAGUCCGAUACUAAAUUUGUUCACUUAUUGGAGGGAGUUUCAGAUAAUCUGGAGACUUUUUUUCCACGAUGAAUUCCUUCCGCAGAGCGAUCUUUUGAGAUUUAUCUCGAAAUAUGUUUGCGAUCAGAAUCUCUUCUCGGAGAAGAUUUGCGCUAACAUGAUAUUUCUAAUCUGCGGUUACGACAUCGAGCAGUUUGACUAUUCUCUAUUGCCUGUCAUCCUGAGUCACGACCCAGCCGGCGUUUCGGUUAAGACGUUUCUACAUUACAUUCAGAUAUACCAAUCGGAUAAGUUUCGCCAAUAUGAUUACGGUCGCGAGAAAAAUCAGUUGAUGUACAACUCGCCGGAACCUCCGGACUACAAUUUGACUAAUAUCACGAUACCUAUCGCAUUGAUCUAUGGUCUUGGCGACUGGGUAAUUGAUGUGGUGGAUGUGAAGAGGUUGUAUCAUUUACUGCCCAACGUAGUGGAUAUGUACGAAGUACCGUGGCCCAAAUUUAAUCACGUGGAUUUUAUGUGGGCCAAGGAUGCGCCCAAACUAGUAUACGAGAGAGUACUCGAGCUUAUGAAGGGAAAACAUUUAAAUAAUGAUUAUCGACGAUAAAAAUAAAUGAUGAAUAUUGCACACUAAAUCCUUAGUAAUGUUGUAACAAUUAGUUACAACAACUUAGUGAUGCAGUAACAAUUGUUGAUUUAACGAAACAUGAAGUUUAUUAUAAUAUUUUAUUAUAUUAUUUACGAUUGGUGCAAAAGCAAAUUAACAUGAUGCACUUUUUAAGCAAUUGUUGUUUCGAAUGAUAGAUCAUUGCUAUGAAUUGUAAGAAAAUAUACAAUAUGACAAAUACAUAUAAAAUGUAAUAUAAAGACAAAAAAAUGUUAAAUGA